AUGUUUAAAUCUCGAUUUGAAAUUUUACCAUGGGCACAUGCUACUGGUAAACAAUAUGACAUUAUUGUUGUCACUAUUCGUUCAAAUGCUGCUAAUGAAAUACCAGGGAGGAAGAAUAAAUUGAUUAUAGAUUGUGAGAGAGAAGGAAAUUACAAAAGAAUGAAUAAAUCCUGCGAAAGCACUAAUUCCUUAGAAGGCCUUUAUAGUAUGAAUGUUAAAUGUCUGUUUAGGCUGAGAUCUGUUCCAAGUGGUAUCGGUUGGAAGGUGAUGGUUAGAUACGCGAUGCACAAUCAUAAACUAUCCAAUGAUUUGGAAGGCAAUGACAUAUUGGUCCGUCUAAAAGAUCAUGAUAGAAAGUCUGUGAAUGAAAUGACGGAAUACAAUAUGGCUGCAAGGUACAUAGUUGCUGCUUUGAAAGACAAAAGUAUAGAAAAUCUCAUGAGUGUUACUCAGGUGCAUACAUCUAGAGCUACAUACAGAACAAGCAAGAGAGGUGCAUUGACAGAAAUGCAGAUGUUGUUGAGCCUUAUUCAUCAAGAGAAAUACAUGUGUUGGACUAGAAAUAUGGACAACUCAUAUGUUGUAGCUGAUAUCUUUUGGACACAUCCUAAUUCUGUGAAAUUGCUGAAUAUGUUUCAUUUGGUGUUGAUUUUUGAUUGCACAUACAAGACAAACAUGUACCAGAUACAACUACUUGAGAUUGUUGGUGUUAGGUCAACGAAAUUGACAUUUUCAGUUGCCUUUGGGUGUUUGGAGCAUGAAAGGGAGGAGUAUUUAUCAUGGACAUUUGAGAAGCUCAAAGAGUUGUUCUCUUCGGAAAAAUUGCUACCAAAGGUUGUGGUGGCAGAUAGAGAACUUGCAUUGAUGAAUGCCAUGGAAUCUGUGUUCCCAAAUGCAACACACUUGUGGUGUUCGUUCCAUAUUUCAAAUAAUGUGAGCAUGAAAUAUAGAGAGGUGGAGUCUGCUCAUUGGAGACUAAAAAACAUGUUGACUACAAGCCACCGAGAAUUAUGCCGAAGUUGGGAUGUUGUGAACACCAUGUUUAAGUUGCAGCUAGGUUCAAUCAGAGUGUCGUUUCAAAAAAAGCAUGAGAUCACUCAUGAUGAGAGUAGUAUAAAGUGGGUUUUAGAAAUAGAGUGUGAAGAGUUAAAGACAUAUUUUAGCUCACUGGAUAUUGUAAGUCAGAGGGUGUUGAAGAAAAAGGUUCGGGAACUAUACACCCAUCCAUAA